AUGAUGAACAAGGCAAUCUUGCUCGUAGGUUUGGUAGCUCUAUUCCUAGGUGGAGCCUUUGGCCAAGAUGUGCAACAGGAAACCUUUUUCCGACACCCAUUUCACCGUUUGCCACAUGUUUUGCCGCAUCCGCAUCCGCAUCCGCAUCGUCCUCGCGUCUUGCCUAGACCAAAAUACACAGGGCCACUUCCACCAUUGCCUGCUAAUCUCCCUGAGAUAGUUGCUGGAAUUGAUGCUUGUAAAACUGAUUUGGAUACUUACCUGUUUAACAGUAAUCAUCCAGGUUUUCUCCUAUUCAUAUUCUACACAUUGUUACCAAAUCGUCAAUCCGAUCGUUCACCACAACACUUAGCUACAUCAAGACAUACCCUCAACACAAAAAACCAAAAUGAAAGCAAUAAUGUUAAUUACAAUAAUGAUCCUACAAACAUUAGUCACAUUGUAAUAGGAAUAGCAAGCUCGGUUGAACUAUGGAAGUAUCGAAAACCCUACAUCGAAUCAUGGUGGCAACCUAACAUAACAAAAGGAUACCUCUUCCUAGACCGCGAACCUACAAAUUUUCUCCCAUGGCCUACUUCUUCUUCUCCUCCUUAUCGAGUUUCAGAGAACACGACAAAGUAUAAACCCUACGACAAACAUCCAAUGAAGAGUUUUAUUCGUAUGGUUAGGGUUAUCGUUGAGAGUGUAAGAGAAACGUGUGGUGAUCAGGGAAUUAGGUGGUACGUUAUAGCGGAUGAUGAUACUAUAUUGUUCUUGGAUAAUUUGGUAGAUGUUUUGCAAAAGUAUGAUCAUAAUAAGUAUUUUUACAUAGGUGGGAAUUCCGAAUCUUUGUUGUCGAACUUUGAUCACUCGUUUAAGAUGGCGUUUGGCGGAGGUGGUUACGCUAUAAGUCGGCCUCUUGCCGUGGCGUUGGCGAAGAAUUUGGAUGUUUGUAUCAAGAGGUAUACUGAUUUUUAUGCAAGUGAUCAAUUUAUUCAGUCUUGUGUGGCGGAUUUGGGAGUUUCUCUAACACGAGAAAAAGGGUUUCAUCAGAUUGAUCUACACAAUGACUUAUUAGGGUUUCUAUCAUCACACCCACAAGCUCCAAUAAUCUCUCUUCACCACCUCGACAGGGUUGAUCCUCUCUUCCCCGGCAUGAAUCGCGUCGAAGCACUUAACCACCUAGUCAAAACUGCCAAUGUAGAUCAAUCUAGGCUCCUACAACAAACAAUUUGCUACGACAAAAUAAAAAACUGGUCAUUUUCUAUAGCAUGGGGUUACACAUCUCAAAUAUACGAGAAAAUCGUACCACCAAGUGUACUAGAAAUGCCCCUUGAGACAUUUUCGGCAUGGAAGAAACCUCCACAACAUCCUUUUAUUUUUAACACUCGAAGUCUCCCCAAAAACCCUUGUGAUAUGCCUCAUGUUUUCUUUCUCCAAUCGUUGGAGAAAAUUGAUGUGAAAAAUCAAAUUGUUGCGAGUUAUAUUCAAAGAGGAGCGAAAAAUGUCACACAUAAUUGUUCACGGUCAUCAACGAGUUCCUCCCUUCCUAGGGACAUUGUCAAGGUUAUAGUUAUUUCUCCUGCUACCAAAUAUUUUCCUGAGGCGGGAACGAGAAGGGAAUGUUGUGAUGUUGUUAUAGAUCAAGUUGAGAAGAAUGUUAUGAGAGCCAAUGCAGAUAGAGCAAGAAUGGAUCAACUAAAGCUUAUGGGUCCACUCAUUUUGACCGGAAUUCUUAAGUCUCUUUACGGGACUAACAAUCGGGAAGCAGAGACAUAG